GUUCCGCCGCGUUUCCGUCAGAGUGUUUUGGUGACCUCAAAAAUGAACGGUACGCCAGCAGAAAACAAGUCGAGCGUAGAAUGGUCUCACAACUUCUACUACAGGCCAGGCUUCAUAUAUCCAGUUGCGACGUGUCACAUUCUAAUAAUCGCGGUGGCAGGCGUGGGGAACCUUUUGGUUUUGUACACCAUAGUCGCUAACAGAAAACUGCGCAGGAAUCCAACGAACAUCUUCAUAUUCUCAUUGGCGCUGUCAGAUCUUCUCACAGUGACAUUAGUUGUGCCAUUUGAAGUAGAGGGGCUCUUUCUUCAUUGGAUCUGGAACCAUGGAGAGAUCAUGUGCAGGGCCUGGAUCACAUUGUACCUCAUCACUGUUCCCGUCUCGAUUUUGACUCUUUUGGCCGUCAGCGUGGAUCGAUACAAGAUCCUCAGUGAUCCUACUAAACGUUUUCGCCGAUGCGGACUCACGACUCGGAAGGAAGGUUUGACUGUAAGUCUCAUAAUCUGGCUUUACAGUUCACUGAUCGCUUCACUUCCCGUAAUGGGAUGGCGAACAAGUGAGAAGUUCGUUUACAAUAGCUGCUGUUAUUUUCCCCUCGUUCGGCUCUAUUUUAUUAUCAGCUCUGUCCUGAAUUUCAUUUUACCAAUCCUUGUGACGAGUGGUAUUUACCUGAGGAUCUGUCUCAUAGUCCGCAGUUAUCACAAAAAGCUCGGCGCAGAUAACAGCAAAAACAUGCGCUCCACUGCAGAGAAAAAGAUGUAUUUGAGGAAUAUACAAGCUGCUAAGACGCUAGCUUUCUUGGUGGUGGCUUUUUUCUGCUGCUGGUUACUGUACUCCUGUGUCAGCCUUUUCUCUCUCGUUUGCGGAGAAAGCUGUAUCGUCUUCAUUCCGCCUGAAGUUCGCACGGUGCUGUUAAUGAUUGGUUACCUGAAUUCUGCGCUCAACCCGUUGCUUUUGGCAUUUCUCGAUAAGAAAUUUAGAGCUGCCUUGUCAUGUAAAAAUAUUUCGAAUCAAGAUCUAUAA